AUGGGAGCUUUCAUUACUAAUAAUGACCUGCAUGAGAAUGGUUUCAUUGGUCUAAGGUAUACAUGGUGUAACAAUAAAUCUGGAGGUGCUCGGAUUCUGGAGAGACUUGACAAGUGUUUUAUUAAUUCUAUUGCUUUGAAUUAUUUUUCUCAAUUAACUGUGAGACACCUAGCUAGAAUUGCAUCAGAUCAUAGUCCAUUGGUACUCAAUUUUUGUAAUUCUAGAAACUUUCAUAAGAGGAGAAUUAUUUUUGAGGAUGUGUGGGCCUCAUAUCCAGCUUCAUUUGCUGUGGUUAAGAGGGAAUGGAGUAAGAAAUUCAGUGGAAAUUCUGCUCAAAUUUUGAAUGCCAAGUGCAAAAGAACUCUCAAAUCCUUGCUCUUUUGGAGCAAGGCAAAGCUGAAGAACCUUAAUGAUCUUAAAUGUAGUCUAAUGGAAGAAAUUCUGAAGCUACAAACUGAUGAAGCAGAAGUUGGAUGGCUUUCUGAAGAAGAUUGUUGGAGAAUGAAAUCCAAAAUUAUUGAACUUAAUACUACUAUGGCUCGGUUGUGCAGUUGGUGGAAACAAAGAGCUAAAGUCAAAUGGAUGAAUGAGGGAGAUCAUAAUUUCAAAUUCAAUCACUCAUAUGCUAAUGCUAGUAAGAUUGGCAACAUAAUUUUGAAAUUAAAAAAUGAAGAUGGGUUGGUUGUGGAGGAACAAAGCCAUAUUGAAGAUAUCUUCAUACAGUUUUUUAAUUCUAAAUGGAAAUAG